AUGGAAGACCAUAGUACACACACAAUAUACAUCAAUCCUGACGAAUUUGAAGCGAAUGGGAAUGAAUUAUUAAUAAGCGACCACCCUUACAUUCAUUCUCCAAUAGAUGCUUUGGAAUAUUGGACGUUAGACAAUCCCACUCUUCCAUUUCUUGGCGAAAGAGAAUAUUUACAAGAUGGAAGGCGUGGCCAUUAUUAUUUUAGAACAUAUGGAGAGGUCUUGGAAUACUCACAAACACUUGCAAAAGGACUUCUUAAACAUGGAAUCAAAAAAGGAGACAAUCUCGGUUUCUUCUCUUCGAAACGACUUGAGUGGCAUUAUCUCUUCAUUGCUUGUAGUUACAUUGGGGCAAGGAUAUGUACAUUAUAUGACUCUCUUGGGGAUGAGUCUUUGCAAUACAUAUGUACUCAUGCUGAACUUAAAGUCAUUUUUACUUCAGAAGAUAAAGCUUGUGUUCUUCAAAGAGUCAAUUGCUUUCAGAACGUCAUUAUUAUGGAAGACUAUGACACUCCGGUUCAAGAGAAGUAUCAGAGUCUCUUAACAUUUAAAAGUGUAUACACUGAUGGAGUAAAUUCAAAUUAUUUAUUAAAAAAAGUGUCACCAGAAGAUGAUGCACUUCUUAUGUACACAAGUGGCACUUCUGGAAAGUCUAAGGGUGUAUUAUUAACACAUCAAAAUUUGAUAGCUUGUGCUACUAGUCUUGUACAACGGAUACCACUUGAGAUCCUUCAACUAUAUAACAGACAGACACACCCAAUGGUUAGUAUGUCUUUUCUCCCACUUGGCCAUGUCUUUGCUAUAGUUUUAGAAAUGACUAUUUAUAGAUUGGGUGGUGUCAUUGGGUUAAUGUCGAAAGGGAUACCAACACUAGUUGAAGACAUCAAUAUGUUAAGGCCAACCGUGCUCGCCGCAGUGCCUCGUGUGUUACAAACGAUUCAUAUGAAAGUGAUGGAAGGCAUAAACAACUUGAGUUGUGUUGAGAAGGUAUUGUAUCACACGGCUUAUAAAACUAAAGAACAGUUGCUCCUUAGCACCCCGACAUUACUCACGCCGGAGUUCGACAACAUCUUUUUCAAAAGAAUAAGAGACAAAUUUGGGGGAAGACUUCAAAUCAUAAUAUCAGCAGGAGCUCCUUUACCGGAGGGAAUAGCUCGAUUUUUUAGAGUAGUAAUUGUCGAUGCUUUAUUCAUUGGUUAUGGACUCACUGAAACGUGUGGGAUGGGACUUGCAUCAAGAUUUUGUGAUGGUGUCCAAUUUACUACAACAGGACGGCCAUAUCCAACAUGUCAAGUGAUGUUAAAAUGUGUACCUGAGAUGGGGUUUUGUACAAGAAACCAUCAAUGCUGUGGAGAAAUUUACUUGAAGACCACGGCUGGGUUCAAAAGGUAUUACAAAGAAAGUGAAAAGGUUAAUACAGAAAGCAUUGUGAAUGGGUGGAUUAAGACAAAUGAUAUUGCAGAAUACAAAAAUGGCGAUUUUGAGAUCAUCGCGAGAGCAAACAACGUCUUUAAAUUGUCUCAAGGAGAAUACGUCUCAACAGAAAAGAUCGAGAAUAUCCUCCAAGAGUCCAUUUUUGUUCACGACAUCUUUGUGGAUGGAAAGUCGGUUUUGAAUUAUUUAUAUGCAAUUGUUGUUCCAAAUGAAAUUGCGAUUCGAAGCGAAUACAAAUCAGAAACAAGUAAAAACUUAAAUCUGGAACAAUUGUGUCAUGAACCCACAGUCAUUAAAAUGGUGUUAGACAAUUUAUCCAAAAUUGCUACCGAACACAACCUAAAAGGCUUUGAAAAGGUCAAACGACUAAUUCUCCAUCCCAUCCCCUUCGACACCAAAAGAGACUUGAUAACUCCAUCUCUCAAGAUAAAACGGACAAACAUCAGAAAAUAUUUUGAACAAGAAAUUAGUCUUCUUUUAAAAGAGUAA